CCAUGGAAAAAGCACAGGAAAAAAAAUCAUCACCUUGAUUGAGGAGAAUCUCUUAGACCUCCCGGCUGACGGCAGAAGUUUCUCAUAGCAGGUUAAUGAGCACGGUGCUUUGGAAAAGGCAUUCGAGGGAAGGACACCACUUUUGCGUUCCGGGAAACCACACGGUAGUUUAUUCCGAGCCAGACAGGAGUGACCUAGGCCCGGGACGCAGAUUCCAGUUGCCUUGAAGUGUACUGAAGAAAUCCAAGUUGGACACAGAGAACGAAGGUCGUCGUCCUCCGUGCACGUACCAGGGGUGCUGGGCUGAACACAGAAGGUGCUGAGAAGCCGAUUGGGUAUCUGAGAGAGGAGUCAUCAACAUGGAUCCAAAAACUGAACACGAACCCGAAUCCAAAAGACUGAAGAUCACACCAUCAAUAACGGUACCGACACAACAGCUACCUUUAAACAUGCAGCCAAGCAAAGGAGGCAAGAAAAAGGAAGGAGCAACAAAAAGCACACUACGCGUAAAUCCCCCGACGUGGAGUCAGAUCCAGAACUUGGCAAGCAAAGCUCAGGGAGUGAUUGAGAAGCAGGGGGUCCCUGAGACACCAGCUACCAUGUUUAUGGCAAUGCUGGCUGUUCUAAGUUGUCAGUCAAAUGCAGUCUCGUCAAAUCCCAGUUCCAAUACCUCCAAGUAGACAUGCAUCAAUUGCAGUUAAAAAAUAAGAAAGGUGGAGAUGUGGAGAGCAGAUGAGCCCCUGGUUGAUGUCAGCUGAUCCUGUGGUGUUGGCAAAAGUCAAGUAUGGGAAACAUUCCUUGCCAAAAAGGCAAGGAUGCAGCAGGAUGUUCCUAGCAUUGCAACAGUAGGGUAACUGCAGAAAUAGUUCUACUUCUGUAACUUUUUAGUGUGCAGAGAAGACUCUUGGUAACUCACAAUACUUGAACAAUUUACAUUGCCCCUCUAGUUAAACUUCCUAAUUAUGAGACCCUUUAUAAUAAACUUGCAAAGCUAGUUCUGGGUCACUGUUCCCCCAUCAGAGUGUCCCAGUGUCCCACCUAGUCCCAGCUUUACUUCAGAAUGUCUCUGUUUUUCUCCAUCUCCCAUCACCCCUACUUGAGGUCGUUUGUUGAUGCUGCGUGGGUCUGGCAGAGAGCUGACUUCUACAUUAAUGAAUAACUCAAGUUUGUCUACAGAGAAGCUAUAAGAAAAAUCUCUGUUCAGAGAAAAAUCAGCUUUCCCCCUUCAUUUCUGGCAGUCCUUGUUAUAAUUCUUUUUUUUUUUUUUUUAAGGUUUUUAAAGGUAGACAUAAUACAUUUAUUUAUUUAUUUUUAUGUGGUGCUGAGGAUUGAACCCUUCGGCCUACGUGUUCAAGGCUGAGCUGUAACCCCAGCCGCCAUGCAUUAUAAUUCUGGAGCAAUUCUCUUUGAGUUCCCAAGAACCCAGACUUGCUUUUGCUAUUGACUUGGCAGAAGUUCCUGCAAAGCAUUUUUUUAACUUUAUAUUUAGAAAUAAUUUUAAUCUUAUAUAGUUAUAUAGAAUUCCUGAAUUGUCUCUUAUUCGGAUUCCCCCCCACCCUUUUUUUUAAAUUUAGAUACAGGGUCUCACUGAGUUGCUUAAUACCUCCCUGUUGAUGAGGCUGGCAUGAUCCUCCUCCCUCAGCUUUCUGAGCUGCUGGGAUUACAGGCAUGCUACAUUGUGCCUGGCUAGAUACAUCAAUUUUUAAAAAAUAGUUGAAGAUGAAAAAAAUACCUUUAGUUUUAGGAUAGAACCUAGUGCCUUACACUUGCUAAAAAAGGUGCUUUAGUAUUAGAGCCCCAGCCCCAGCCCAGAUUCAUCAAUUCUUAACAUUUUGACCCAUUUAACAUUCUGUUUACUACAAGCCUACUAUUUAUAUUUAUGAAAUAUUCUAAAAUAGGUUACCCCAAAUUUCUGUAUGAAUUACUAAAGAACAAGGAUCAUUUUUUAAAAUAAAGAUGUUUGACACUGAUUAUUAUGUUCUGAUGUCAAUUAUUCCAAUAAUGUCUGUUUUAAGCAGUUUUUCCUCUAUUACAGUUUAGUACACAUUGCAUAAAAGUUGCCAUGCCUUUAGUCUCUUUAAUAUGGAUGGAUUUCUUAUAACAUUGAGAUGUUUCUCUUGUCACUCCAGAAUUGUUAUAAUUUACAAAUAAAAUUUAUAUUACUCGU